AGCACUCGGCGGAGACAGGGGCUAUAUAAGAGCAAGUGGAAAGGACCGGGGGGAGAGAGAGUAUACUCUCGGCUGUAGAGCAGUUUAUUAUACGCGGCAAUAGUAAAACGUAUAAAAAAUACACAGACUAGUCAGACCAAAUACGAAAUUAUACUUUAAAAAAGUUUUCCAGUAUAAAACAUGUACCGUUUCCGCCAAGACAGCAGUGUCCCUCAAGACAAGGGGGGAUAUCCAUAGUGUUACGUUUCUUUUAUUUAGUUUAAAUGUUAGCAAAAGAGUGAAGAAUGUUUCCAAAGUGGGUCCUCCUGUCGCUGGUAUUCGCCGAGGUCGGUGCUCCUGCAGAGGUGGAGCCGACUGAUGCUGCCGCAGAGACCGGGUCGGGUUUUGCAAUGACAGAGGCGGUGGACCUGCUAGAUCACCUGGUGGGACUGGUGGAGGACGGCCGAAAUGUGUCCAUUUCCAAGGAAGGUGCUGGAUGCUUCACUCUGCAAGUUGGCCAGUACGCCACCCUCCACCUGCCCCUGCGCCAGGUCUUUGGAGACAGGUUUGCGGAUGAGUUCAGCCUGCUGCUGCAGCUGCGCAGCCCCCAGGCAGAGGACCGCAGCUUGCUGACCUUGCUGAGCCCCCAGGGCCACGUGCUGCUGCAGCUGCGCCUCGGCCCUCACGCCUUCACCUUUGUCACCAUGCAGCAGCAGCAUUAUGAGUUUCCGGUGGGGGUGCUGUCUGACGGCCAGUGGCACCGGGUGGCGGUGAGUGUGUCCACACAGCAGCUGGCCCUGUACGUGGACUGCACACUGGUGGAGAGCGUCAACUGGACCUACCGCAGCCUGGACAUUGGCACCGAUGGGCUGUUGAUGGUGGGGGGCAUCGUCGAGGGCUUUGAGACGCCGUUCGAGGGCGACCUGAAGCAGAUGAUGUUCCUGAUGGGUGACCCGGACGCUGCGGCGGGCCACUGCGCUCUACGUCUGCUCUCCUGCAGGCCCACCACCCACAAACCGCCACGCUCUCCGAAAACGUCUCACAGCGCUCGGGAUCUGAUGCUCUCCUCAAACGACCUGGAGCACUUGCUGAAAAACCCAGAGCUUGUCCCAGAUGAGAAAGCUCGUCUGAUGGACUCUGUAUUUCACCAAGGUGGGAGUCCGCGUGGAGACGGCCUGACUCACCUGGGUCCCGGCCGGCCUGGUUCUGUGGGACAUGGGGAUGUGUUCCUGGUGGAAGAGGACACUGACCUGGCUGAUCCCAGCCUUCAGCACAGGCCUGGUGCCACUCACACUCAGAAGCACACGCAGGGUGUGGGUUCGAAGCCCGACCCUGCAUCCAAAGACUUAGAUGAGAACGUCACCACAGACAAGAGAAAGGGGGGCGGAGGGGGGAGGACCCAAGACACGUUUCCAGGAAAGCCCUCAGAUGACAUCAUCGACCUUGACGCUCCCUCCUCCCGCCCCUCAAAGAAACCCUUAGGGGGUGUCUCUGGGGGCAAGGAGAGUCCCCAUUUCCAUAGGCACCAUGAUUCUGACCCACUGGAAGGAGUGGAUCUUCUGCUUUCAACACCGGUUUCACCUACCGCAAAGCCUGGUUCUGCCCCAAUAACCACGGUUACAGAGCUGGGACCCAGAAUCCCUAGCAAGUCCAUUCAGCAUGGUCAGGUGGAACGAACCAGAACAGACAGCAGAACACCAGGUACAGGAACGGCCCCUACCAGUGACAGAGGUUUGGUCCAGGGCCCUGAUGGAAGGACGUUCCGGUACCUUAGGGGACCUCCGGGGCCGGCCGGACCCCAGGGAAGGCGAGGCUGUCCUGGAGAAAGAGGAUUUCUGGGAUUCAAAGGUGACAAGGGGGACCGGGGCCCGGAGGGGCACGAGGGUCGCAGGGGCCAGCCGGGGCUUCCCGGCCCAGCGGGACUGCCGCACCUCUACCUGUGGAGGAACGGAGUGGACGACUGGGCUGCCUUCAGGCAAAGCUCCUUCUUCCAGUUACUCCAAGCCGGCUGGCCUAGGGUGCAGGGGCCUCCUGGACCAGAAGGGGAGAUGGGAAGACCUGGCCGGCCGGGACACCCUGGGGACCCAGGGCAGCAAGGGGUUCCUGGACGCCAAGGAGACAUGGGUGAGCCAGGUCCGAUGGGCAUGCCAGGCCGAAAGGGGCACAGCGGGACGCAUGGGGAACAUGGAUUUGACGGGCAGCCAGGGCCCCCUGGGAUACCAGGCCUCCGGGGUCCUCAGGGUUAUAAAGGUGAAGCAGCACAGAAAGGGGAGAAGGGGGACGAGGGUCCAGUUGGACAUGGAGGACCUUAUGGAGACCAAGGAGACCCAGGAGAGAAGGGAUCCAAAGGGGAGCCCGGCCUCAAGGGUCCCGUGGGGCAACCGGGGCCACAGGGAUUCAGAGGGGCUCCAGGAGUGGAAGGGGCCCCAGGGCCCCAGGGGGAGUAUGGGCCUGACGGCAUUCCCGGGCCUCCGGGGGCAGUAGGGGCCCAAGGUCUGACAGGUGCCAUAGGAGCUCAAGGGGUGAAUGGUUCACAGGGAGACCUUGGACCACCUGGAGCUGUUGGCCCCAGGGGUCCCCAGGGUCCACUAGGGCUGGAAGGACCGAGCGGAUCUCGAGGGCUCCGAGGUCCUCAGGGUAAACCUGGAAUGAGUGGUGCUCCCGGCCCCAAAGGAAACGCUGGACCUGUCGGACCAGCUGGGGCAAGAGGGGAUCCAGGGUUCGAGGGGCUCGCAGUAAGUACCUGCCUGAGAUACGAAAGUGGGCUUGACCUUGCCAUGACCUUGUCUGUGAUGAGAUCACCCGUAUUGCCAUUUAUGGUCGAUUCAGUUGCAGUUCAGUCAGGACAAAAAGAUUUCUAUCCAGUGUACCCUGAGCACUGGUUUGGGAAACACUGCUCUAACUUCCAGGACAAUCCAGAGUCUUUUAUGGACAAGGGCCUCAUGGGAGCUUCGGGAAUUAUGGGACCUCAAGGGGGGCGAGGUCCUCUUGGCCUGCCAGGCUUCCCUGGGCUGAAAGGUCAGCCAGGUCCUAAAGGGAUCCAGGGUGAAGACGGAGAGUCCGGCAUUCAGGGAAAAAUUGGCAAGGAAGGUUUAAAGGUAGCACUGGCUUCCACCAGAAGUAAGGGAGAUCAUUCCGAGUUUUCCGACAGCCUUCAAGGUCGUCGGCAUAAAAUAAACAUUCUCCGCGCGCAUUCCUGCACCCUUUGGUGUAAUCUUCCGCUCUGCUACUGUUUACAUGCUAUCUGGUUGCUCUCUACACAUAGACAAGGAAAGCUAAAUUCUUGUCAAAGUCACAGCAGCGGUUCUGAAUGUGCCUGUGUGUCGUUAUUAAGGGGGUCAGAGGACUUGAGGGACGUCCUGGAAAACAAGGAGCCAAAGGCCCUCGGGGUCGCACGGGGCAGCGAGGACUCUCUGGCCCACCGGGAGUGCCGGGUUUGCAGGCCUUGUCUGGGGCUGAAGGACCUGAAGGAAAGCCUGGGACAUCCUGGUGUGCCCGGGAAUGCAGGCAGCAGAGGACCCAGGGGUUUUCGAGGGGCCCCUGGAGAAAGAGGACAGGAAGGCCCCCCCGGAGCCCCGGGUCCUCCAGGAAGACCAGGAUCAGAAGGUUUCUCUGGACCCCAUGGUGAGAGGGGCUUCAUGGGAAAGGAAGGCAUGGAGGGGCCACAGGGGCCAGUAGGCAUGUAUGGCUUCCCCGGAGCAGUCGGCAUGCGUGGAAGGCCAGGACUCAUGGGGGAGAUGGGGGAACCUGGAGCACAAGGCCUGCCGGGACCACCAGGGAAAGGCGGCUCAGUGGGCCAAAAGGGACCCCAAGGGGAAAGAGGCCCUCCAGGGCCACAGGGCCGACAGGGGGAGCCAGGCCUCCAAGGGCUGCAUGGAGCACCGGGGCCUCCAGGUGUUCCAGGCCCAGAGGGUGGGCUUGGCAAACCUGGACCUCCAGGAAGCAAAGGGUCUCUGGGAGCACAAGGUCCAGAUGGUCCAUCUGGAAUUCCAGGCAAGGAAGGGGAGCCUGGAACGUCAGGACCAGCUGGCAGUAAGGGACCAAAGGGGGUGGAAGGACCUCCCGGUGACAUGGGACCACCUGGACUGGAAGGUCAACAGGGAGAUGCUGGUUGGAGUGGCGUAGAGGGGCUCGCGGGGAUGAAAGGAGAGCGGGGGGACCGGGGAAACUGUGGGAAGCUGGGGUCCAAGGGGCCCCCAGGGGAAAUGGGGUCUCAAGGCCCCAAAGGGCCCCAUGGGGGUCCGGGCCCCGGGGGUAGGGAGGGCGAAACUGGACCCCCAGGAGAAACUGGUGAUCCUGGUCCACAGGGAGAGAAGGGGGACGUAGGCCCUCGAGGUUUCUCUGGGAUCGAGGGGUCCUCUGGGACCCUUGGGGCCAAUGGAGAGCGAGGUCCAAAGGGGGAGAAGGGCCACGUAGGACUGCAGGGUCGGGCAGGGCUGUUGGGAGGAACAGGGCCGUCUGGUCUGCCAGGCCCACCAGGCCCUGGAGGCCCAGUCGGAUCACCUGGGCCAGCAGGACUCAUUGGGAAGAAGGGAGAAACUGGAACCACUGGCUCAGCUGCCCCCCCUGGAGCUCAGGGUCCUGAGGGUGUGACUGGGGAAGCAGGUGUGAAAGGUGAUGCUGGGAAAGUGGGACCGCAGGGCCCAACAGGGGCUGUCGGACCCAAAGGGGAUACUGGCUCCCGGGGAUUCCCUGGACCCGACGGGGAUAAGGGGGACCCAGGGGACAAAGGGGAUCCAGGGGAACAGGGACCUGAAGGCCUGACAGGAAUCAUGGGCCCCCCAGGACUCCUUGGAUUAGAGGGGGUGCCAGGUGAGGAGGGAGUUCAGGGACCGGCAGGAGCAGCGGGGCGCCAGGGUUCAACAGGAAGUCCAGGAGUUGAUGGGAAACAUGGACCAAAAGGAGAGAAGGGGGAUCCCGGCAGGGAUGGAGAUGCCGGAAUACCUGGACACAUCGGAAGGACGGGGAAACGGGGCAAAGCUGGAAUUCGGGGCUCGAGAGGACCCAGGGGAGCAAAGGGAAAGAGUGGAUUCGUGGGACUGAGCGGCCCCCCCGGGAGGAUGGGAGCCUCAGGAAUCCCAGGCCUAAGAGGAGAGAAGGGAGACCUGGGUGUCAAUGGAGAGGAGGGGGAGAAAGGGGAGAUGGGGCCACAUGGCCCACCUGGGGGGGACGGGAUAAAGGGUCAACGUGGUCUUCCAGGGGAGGUGGGAGAGGCUGGACCUAAGGGCGAGCAGGGCAACAUUGGGCCACCUGGGGCGAGAGGGAAGCCCGGGGUUCCCGGACUUCCGGGUUUGUUCGGGGAAAAGGGGCUUAAGGGAUUUGAAGGACCUCCGGGACCAGCUGGAGAGAAGGGAUCUCAUGGACCUCCAGGCCCCCCGGGCCCCCCUGGACCGUCUGUGAACCUCACUCUGAUGCAAAUUAAGAACUUCAUGCAUGUGGCAGAUAAGCCCAACUACCCCCUGCUGCAGAGCCUGCUGGAGUCUCUGCGCCGUGACCUGCGGCAACUGCUGGACCCUCCUGACGGAACCAAAGAGCACCCAGCCACCACCUGCCUGGAGCUGUGGCUCAGCCACCCCGAUUUCACCAACGGGCUGUACUACAUCGACCCCAACCAGGGCAGCCCUGCGGACGCCAUGCUGGUGUACUGCAAGUUCACUGCAGAGCGGAGCCAGACGUGCCUGUCUCCAAGAGAAUCGCAGGUCCCCAUGAAACCAUGGCUCAGUGACUCUGGGACGGCGGAUUCUUUUCUCUGGCUCAGUACGCAGGAGGGUGGCUUUCAGUUUGAGUACCCAGGUGCCAAUGUCGUCCAAUUGAGGUUCCUGCGGCUGAAUAGCCAUUCAGCCACCCAGAGGAUUACCUUCUCCUGCCCUCUGGGGGGCAGGCUGGGUCAUCGGGAACGAGAGAUCAAAUUCCUGGCUGAUACACAGAGACAGAGUUUUGUGGGGGUACUCAGAGACUGUGAGCCUGGAGAGGAUCAGGGUUCGAGUCCCCGGGAGUCAGCGUUUCAGUUUGAGGAUCUGGACCUGCUCCCGAUCAGAGACCUGGCGGUGUCCAUCGGCGACAGCAGCCCCGCGCUGGAAUUCGGCUUCACCGUGGAACCCGUGUGCUUCAGCUAGGUCCCCCCCCCCCCCCCUACCGAAGCCCCAGCCAGCACAGAGAGCCUCAUCGGGACCCAGCCUGGAGCCACGCCGACUGGAGAUAACGAGGGACAAAGGGCAUUGUGCUGUCUUUAUUCCUGUUUUUUCUGGAGACACUUACCAGCACCACUGGGGGAAAAUAAAAUCUCCUGACUUCUGUAGCAUGACGCUAGAGAGUCGCCUUUUCCCCCCUUAUUUAUGUAACCCAAAGAAGUCUGCAAUACCUCCAGACUCAACUUCACUAGAAGGACUGGUGUUCUGAAAAUGUUUGUUUACAGAGACAUUUAUAUUAAAAUGUGCUAAUUUAUAUGCUGUUCCGUUUUGGUUUAGUAGCAGCAGUGUACGCGCUGUAAACAUUGGAGGAAAACUGCACUCACGCUGGUCUAACAAAGUGUUCCUGCCAUGGGACACGGCUAAGGAGUUAGCUAAGGAGUUAGGAGUUGUCACACGUAUUCACAGCAGGGUUUUUCAGGCAUUGGUCAGUUGUUUUAUUCCCUUAUGGGUUAUACAAGAGCAUUAUGGGGGCUCAGGUUAAGGGGACCGGGGGGGGGUGAUGAUAGUUGAACACAAACAUUUCAACCUCAUAAUCCCAACUCCAGUAGACCAGUAGUGAACAUGAUCUGAAAUUUACAUAUUUAUACAUAUAAACAGAGAUGGAAAGUUCAGGUCCAGAAAGUAAAAGAAAGAUUUUGUUUCGACCAACCAGUUGAGUACUCUGUGACUGGACCGGACCGGAACUUUCCACCUUUGCAUAUACAAGUAACUAUAUAAAUAGUUGAAGGUGAAGUUUAAGUCUCAGGUUCAACAGAAUAUUGAAUAGGUUUGGCAUUCAGAGCGCUGAUUUCACCGCUCACCGGCUGGAUUCAGACUCAGCCGCCUACCAAAACCUGAUGGUAUAAUGCAGUGUAAUUGUCUCCGUCUGCAUUUCGUUUCUCCCCUGCGCUUCCCAGACUCGCCGCGACAGCGCACGUUGCGUUUCAGGCAGAGCAAGUCGUUUUAUUACGCUUAGCUCUGCAGGUGCAAAUCUGCGGGGCUUCCAGCGAUUUAAACAACUAACACACUACGUAAACCCAAAUGAGAAAUGUCACCUCCAUUAUGUUUUGUCAGUAACCAGAUAAAAAUAUCAUAAAUAAUUUUAAUAUGUCAAUGUUCUUUACUUCUUUGUCUAAUAUGUACAAGCUGAGCUGCCUGUAAAUUGUUUCAAUGUCAAUAUCAACUCCACGCAAGCAGGGAACAUUUCAAUAUGGUUGCCUUAGCUGGCUGAGACAAAUUUUUGGUGCUAAAUACAGCGUUAAGGUUUUUUUGUGCCUUUUUAAUACUUAGCAUCAUUGUGGUUGUAAUGUCUAUAUGCUGGUCAUUUGAUUUGAACUUGCUAGCAUUACAUUCUAAUGCUCUUGUCUCGUGUAACAGUUUUAAUAAACAGUUUCGUUGCACUUUCA